AUGGAGUGCAAUAAAGAAGAGGGUAUUAAAGCAAAAGAGAUUGCUGAAAAAAAGUUCAUGGCAAAUGACAUAAUGGGUGCAAAGAAAUUUGCUUUGAAGGCUCAAACCCUAUAUCCCAGUCUUGAAGGUAUCUCCAAAAUGAUAUCAACACUUGAUAUUUACAUUUCUGCUGAGAACAAAAUAAGUGGAGUGGUAGAUUGGUAUGGGAUACUUGGUGUGGAUCCACAAGCAGAUGACGAGACUAUUAGGAAACAGUAUAGGAAGCUUGCUCUUAUGCUUCAUCCUGAUAAGAACAAGUCCAUAGGAGCUGAUGAUGCUUUCAAGCUUAUUUUAGAUGCAUGGAAUUUGUUGUCUAAUAAAGCCCAGAGACUAGCUUAUGACAAAGAGAGAAAUAAGGCAAAAAUGAGUCAAAAAGUUCCUAAUAAUACAAAUGAGGCUUCCCCAUCAUCAUCAUCGGCAGCAGCCACAACAACUACAAACCCACCCGAAAACACCACUGGAGCAGGUCAUCGCCAUCACUCCUCAAAUCCCAGUACGUUUUGGACAGUGUGCCAUUGGUGCAAAAUUGAAAAUGAGUACUUUAGAUGUUAUGUUGAUUGUAAUAUGCUAUGCUCUAAUUGUUACCAGCAAUUUCUAGCAGUUGAAACUGUUGAGCAUAUGUAA